CACUAACAUAGCAAUAAAGUCCUGGCGCCAAGCACCCCGGUUGCUAAGUAACACAAUUAAACAAGAGGAAUCUUGACUUUCCCUGUUUGUUGUAGGGAGGGAAAGGGAAGGGAAAUGUUGAUCCACACAAGCUAUGCUUUCCUGACCUUCUCUCUCUUCGCUUCAUCACAUGAGACAGGAUUACAAGAGGGGACAGGCUUGGAGAUAAAUGGCCAGCUCACAGGAGAAAACACUUGCUGUGUUUCUCUAUAGCUGAAGACGUUUACUUGAUUACAACAACUCCAGGGAAGAAGGACGAUAAAGUGCAUGCCAUGCCCAAAGGAAAGGGAGCCAAAGGGACAAAGGUGACCCUCAAGAUCGCCAAAAAGGCGAUACGGAUGACCCAAGAAGGACGGCGCAGACUCACCCUCAGCAAGAUGGGAAUAAUCACUUUCCCGAAGUGUAUCCUCAAACUCACCAACGUGGACGAGUUGGAUCUCAGUCGCAACAUGAUCCGGAAACUCCCAGAUAACAUCGGGAGCUUCUCGUCACUCAGGUGGCUCGAUCUACACAGCAACAAACUGGAGUCUGUGCCCGAGUCCAUCGGAAACCUCGCGGGAUUGACCCACCUAAACAUCUCAAACAACUGCCUAACAUCGGCAGGUUUACCCUCCACUUUGGGUUCUUUGGCCGGCCUCAAGAGUCUCAAUCUGGGUUUGAACCAGCUGGACACCCUGCCCCCCUCCAUGGCAGCUCUGGACAGUCUCCAGGAGUUAGGCCUCUUUGAUAACCUCUUCACUAAGAUACCAGAGUGCUUGAAAGAGCUACAUAACCUCAAUAAGGUGAAUACUAAGAGAAAUCCUCUAUCCUAUACUCAGGCAGACAUUGACGGGAUGUUAAAGGAAAAAUCAGAACCCAAAGAAGAAGUGUUCCUUGUCCACAAAAACAACCUGUGUGGAAAAUGCUUCAAGAAAUGUAAAGAGCAGACAGAGAUGAAAGCAGGAGGAGGGAGAAGAAGAGGAGGAAGAGGGGGAGAUGGUGACAUGUGUGAGGAAAAAAGGAAAAAUACUUAUAAAGGACUCAUGGUGCCAAACUCAGUGGCCGCAGUCAAUCAGGAUGUGUGGAGAAUAAGGAAAGUCAAUUAAAAAGGAGCUGCAGGUUUCAUCUUAACCUUUAGUUGGAGCCUUGUUCAGACUUAAGACUUGUGAUCAUUUAAGAAAGACGCAGCGGUGUGAAGUGAUCAGCGGCUGACUCUAGAACAAAGGGCAUGUUACUUAUGUUGUUUAACAGCCAAUGUGCUCACUGGGGGGAGUCAGCUGGACAAGUCAGAUACAAACUGUGAGCUGGUGAAUAUAGUAGAGCUUUGGAUGAAGGAAAAAGUGGAUCACCUCAUCCUCUAUUUUGGGAAAAGCCUUGUGUGUUUGACUCAAGAUGUAUAGAUAUAACAAGUAUGACAAGUUUGUUAACGGUCCAUUCAAACUCGCUCGCUCCUCCCCCUGCUCAAGCAGCAAGGAGAAAGCAGCAGUGCUCAAAUAAGAAAGAGAUUGAAUGAGGAAAGCACCGAAACAGAAAUAAAACUUUUUUUUUAACCAAUUGCUUUACAACAGUUCUAUUGCACAGAUAAAAUCUGCACAACUCUUCAGAAAGCGGAUGGUUUUGUUUGAAUGCAACUAAGCACACAUUUAAUAGAUUUACAUGCUUCAUGUUUCCAUGACACAGACAGAACGCUGACACCGUCUCCUCUCAUUGUUUUGGUCUUAAUCUGGAAGGUUUCAGAGCGUUAUGCACCAGCACAUUGCACGUUUUACUUUUACUAGUCUUCGGUCUGAGCUGGUCUUAAGGCAGCCUGUAACACUUCAACAGUAUUUACACAGCAUUUGAAUUUAUAUCACACAUCUACUUUAUUGUAUUUUCUAAGUUUUUGAUUCAAUAAAGACAAGAAUCCUACAUGAUGCAAUGGUCUUAAAAUAUCUUUGUUGGAUGACUGUGACAACAUUUAUACUCUUACCUGGCGUUUGCAAUGACCUCAGCAACCCCUCUGCCUUUUAAUGCCGGCACCACCAUGCACAACCUGCACGGGGAAACAGUUAAGAUGUGAUUCAGAAUAGUAUUUAAAAAUACCUAUUUUUUUAACAUCAAGUCUCAGGAAUAUUAAUGUGAUACCUUUUAUACGCAGAAACGUGGUCUCUAUUCACGAACACCAGGAAGGCUGAAUGCCCAGUUUUCAUGAAGACCUCGAUAGCAUUAUCCU